UUUUAUACUCAUUAUUCUCUAAAUUAAUUCCUACUGCUCUAACUUCAAAUUAUUUAUUGACUACUCGCUCCAAGUAUGGCGAUGUUACUUUUUCAUCAAUUAGAAAAGUUGAGAAGCUCUCUAUAAAACAUCAAAAAUGUAAAUGUGAUCUUGAAUUUAUUAGAUUCUGUAUCAUCUACCGACUUACACCAACAUUUGUUCAGAUUAAUUUAUGGAAAAAACGUAUUAAAUGUACUAAUGAAUAUUCUAGUUUUCAACAUUUUUGUCUUAAAAAAGAAUAUGAUGAUAGAUUUAAAGAUAGUGUUAAAUUAGAAAAAGAAAUUAAUACAUUAUUAAAUCAUUUAAAAUCUAUAAUGACUUAUUCUGAUUUUGAAUCAUUAAAAAAGUUUCUAUAUGAUAGAUGUACGAAAAAGAAAGAUAAAUUUACUGCUGUUCAUCAAGAUAAAUUAAUAAGAUUGAAUCAUGGACCAAUUGGUCAGGAUUAUCAACAACUUAGAACGAAACUUGUACAUAAUAUUUCCUCAUAUAAUCUUACACCAGAAGAAGAACGUUUAUUAUGUAGAGGAUGGAAUUUUUGCAUUGAAAAUAAGAUAACUAAUUUUAUCGAUUUUAAAACAGACAUGGAAUUAAAUGCUUAUAAAAUUCAAAAUAGCUGUCAUGCUAAUGUAUUUUCCACAUUAUGUAGAAGAUUAAAUAAUUAUUCAGAAAUAUUCAUGAGAGCAAUUAAAAAUAAAAAGAUUCGCAAUAUAAGUGAUGAUGAAUUCAAUGCAAUUAAAUCUUUAAAGAAUAAUAACAACAUUAUCAUCUGUCGCGCUGAUAAAGGAAAUGCUAUAGUAGUAUUAGAUAAAAAUGAAUAUAUUAAUAAAAUGAAUGACAUUCUCAAACAGAAACAAUUUAAAAGUACUAAAGGAUUAACAUUACUUGAAAAAGAAAAAUCUAUGAAUAAAUAUAUUUUAAAGUUAUAUAAAGAUAAAGUAAUAGAUCAAGAAACAUAUUGGAAAAUUCGUUCUACCAGUUCAUCAUAUGCUACGAUGUAUGGCCAACCGAAAAUUCAUAAGUUAAAUUAUCCUGUUAGACCUAUUAUCUCAUCUGUAGGCUCAUAUAAUCAUGAUCUCUCUAAAUACCUUUAUCAUAUUAUUAAAAAUAAUAGAUCAUCUCAAUCAUUUUCAUACAUUCGAGAUUCAUUUGAAUUUGUUAAAAAGAUUAUAGGAAUUAAUAAUAGUUUAAAUCAAAUAAUGAUAAGUUUUGAUGUAGAUAAUUUAUAUACAAACGUACCUGUGCAUGAAGCCAUAGAGAUCACAUUAGAUUUGUUAUUUAAAACACCUAAAUCAUCUAAUAUCACCUAUACUCGUUCCCAAUUUAAAGAAUUAUUAAAAAUUGCAGUAUGCGAUAUUCCAUUUAGAUUUCUUGAUAAAACUUAUACACAAAUCAAUGGCUUCGCAAUGGGAUCACCACUAGGACCCAUCUUAGCAGAUCUAUUUAUGUCUAAUCUUGAACAAAAAUUAAACAGAUUUUCAACUAAUAAACCACUAACAUGGAUUAGAUACGUUGAUGAUAUUUUUUGCAUUUUUUAA